CAAAUCCGACUCGACCCGGGAGAAAACUGGCAAGAGACGCUCCAAAAAGUGUCGGGCCAAUGGGUUGGAAAAAGCUACCCGAAAAUGGGAAUUUGAAUGACACAAACUGGAUCCAAUUUCAAUCUUGAGAGCCCUAUAAACAAACCAAAUUCGACCGUUGAAGUCCCCCUUUCAUUUCAAACUUCAAUUACAUUUUCAUCAUACUCUCCUCUCUCUGCUCUCAGAAAUCCCCAAAUCUCCACUGUAUUAUUGUUUAUAGCCUGAAAAGCACUUUUAUUUUUGUAUUAUUCAUUCUUUGAAAUGGCAAGAAGCAAACCUGCCCGCGAAUCAACCGAUCGCGAGAAAAAAUGGAAUAAAGUUUUUAAUGCUUUAGUAAAAAUGUCACAGAAUCUACAGAAUGAAAGGCAAUUUCUUGAACAGAGAAUCAAAUCUCUGCACGAUGUUAUCCAUGAGAUGAAGAUGGAACAAAAUGUUCACUCGCUGAAAAAGGAAUUGAUUCUGGGUUUGAAGGAGAGAGAGGCUUUCCUUUACAAGCAUAAAUUUGAAAAUGCUGACAAUGAAUUAACUGACUUUAUAGACUGGGUUGGCUAUCUCUCUCAGAAAUGUUCCGAGCCCAAAGAUAUAAUGAAUGAUAUUAACAAUAAAGAAGAACGCCAGCGACACAAGGCACUGCAAAGUGAGGUUAAGAGGCUGAAAAGUGAAAUAAAAAAAAGUAAUGCAGAGAAGAACUGCACUGUUUCUGCUUUGUUAGCUGAGAAGAAUUUCGUUUGGAACCAGUAUAAGACAAUGGAGACCGAUCUCACCGACCAAUUGAGGGAGAAACGUGCUGAAGUUGAAAGUGCAAAUGAGAAGAUACAGACACUUGUGAGCAGAACUGAGGAGUUGCAGUUUUCGAGUGAAAAGUUAAGAGUUGACUUUGCCAAGCUGAAAUCUGAAACAGUAAAAAAGAACGAAGAAAUUUCACGGCUUUCUAGGGAAAUAAAGCUGUUAAAGUCCAGAUCAACUUCUGCAACACCUGUAUUACAACGCUGCAGGGUGGAAUCAGGAACUUCCCCUGUAAAAGGCAAGAAUAGCAGUGGAAUGGCUGUGACGGUGAAGAAAGAAUUAGAUUCUUCAAAAGACCAUGGAAAGCUGACUCAUAACAAGCAAAAAGCACGUAACUCAACUGGAGAAAAGGCUCUGAGGAAGCAAGUGACUACUGCUAAGGAAAGCAAUAGUUCAAAGAGAAAAGCCGAUGUCAUUACCAUCUUGGAUACUCCAAAAUUAUUCACAUCGUCGUUUAAAGUUCCUAAAUUGAAGUAUCCGUCUCCACUAGUGGUGUAGCUUCUUGUGCUCAUUAGUUUGGACAGUCAACUUGUCAGUACAUAAAUAUUUGUGCAACUCUGAUCACCAAUGUGCUUAUUUUUUAUUUUAGGAUUCUUCGAUAGUGUUGUAAUUUAUAGCUAGGCAGUGUGUGUAUACCAUGUACACGUGUUAGGAUUGAGGAUGACAUCUUUAGUUUUCGAACGGGUAAUCUCUUUUACCCUGCUAAUUUGGAGAGAUCCAAUAGCUAAGCUAAUCAUGCAUAAAUUCAGAAUGGUUGUUUUGUACACAAUUAGGUCAUGAUUUGAAGGAGGUUGUUAUGAUUGGAUUGUACUUUUUUGUUUUACUUACAAGUACAACUUUUUA